AUGGUCGGACCUCCCCCUUUGACCGGACUGAAGGUCCUUGAGUUUGCCGGGCUGGCACCUGGCCCCUUCGCCGGCUUGCUCCUCGCAGAUGCCGGCGCCAGUGUGCUGCGCAUCGACCGCGCCAUCCCGGGCAAGACUCACACGCCGGGCAGCGCCCCGGAGCCGACGGAGGACAUGCUGGCGCGGCACAAGUCGUCCAUCGCCGUCGACCUCAAGAACCCCCGCGGCGUGGCGCUGGUGCGCGAGCUGGCCAGGCACGCCGACGUCGUCAUCGACCCCUUCCGCCCGGGCGUCCUGGAGAAGCUCGGCCUCGGCCCGGAGGUGCUGUGCGCGGCGAACCCGCGCCUGAUCUUCGGCCGCAUGACGGGCUUCCGCCGCGACGGCAGGUACCGCAACAUGGCCGGCCACGACAUCAACUACCUCGCCGUGGCGGGCGUGCUCGGCCUGCUGGGCCGCAGCGGCGAGAAGCCCACGCCGCCGUGGAACAUCCUCGGCGACUUCGCGGGCGGCGGCGCCGUGCUCUUCCAGGGCGUCCUGAUGGCCGUCGUCGCGCGCGAGAAGACGGGCAGGGGCCAGGUCGUCGAGGCCAACAUGGUGGACGGCAGCGCGUACCUCGCGACCUUCCCGCGCUUCGCGCUCAAGACGCCGCUGGGAGACCAGCCGCGCGGUCAGAAUCUGCUGGAUACGGGCUGUCCGUACUACGAUACAUAUGAGACCAAGGACGGCAAGUACAUGGCUGUCGGCGCGAUAGAACCGCAGUUCUUCAAGGUCUUGAUCGAGGGGCUGGGCUUGGAUGGUCAAGGAUGGGAGGAGCGUAGGUACAACCGCAGCGACUGGGCCGAUCUGAGAAGCCGUAUCGAAAAGUCCUUCAAGAGCAAGACGAGGGCGGAGUGGGAAAAGACGUUUGAUGGCACCGAUGCCUGCUGCACACCCGUGUUAGACUUCCGCGAGAUGGAAGGAAGCGCCGAGAAGGAGGGCGAUCAGAGACCGUCCGUCGUCUUGAGGGAAACACCGUGUCUCGCUGUGCACCAGGGAGCUACAGAUCCCGCCCAGGGGCAGGGGGCUGGUGUAUCUGGAAACGGAUAUGCCGGGUCUGCGCUGUAUCCCGGAAAGGGUGGGGAGGAAGUUCUAAAGCAGUGGCUCAGCUGGUCCAGGGGCGCACAAUUUGACGUUGAGAAGGGCGGCUUAACGUUAAAAGAAAGGUCAAGAUUAUAA